AUGGCAUCUGCACGAUCCCUGAUGCGCCUGGGAAGUGGCCGCUCGAUGGCCUCGGCUUCGAGGUCCAUGACCCACCGCGCCUUCUCCUCCUCCGCCCUUCGAUACGCUGCGAAAGCCUCGACACAACCGGGGUCGCCGGAGCCUGAGAACAUGCGCCAAGCGCAACGGCCUCCCCAGGGUCCCCUUCGUGCCCCGGUCCUAAACCCGACCGACAAGUACCAGGACAAGGCCGACGGCCUUCACAAGUACGGACAGUACAUCAUGUCCUGCCUUCCUAAAUACGUCCAGCAGUUCACUGUCUGGAAGGAUGAGCUGACUGUGUACACUCCUCCUGCUGGUGUCGUUCCUCUCAUGAGCUUUUUGAAGAACCACACUUCCGCCGAGUACACUCAAAUUUCCGACAUCACCGCUGUCGAUUUCCCUACCCGUGACCAGCGUUUUGAGGUCGUCUACAACCUUCUCAGUGUCCGAUACAACUCUCGCAUUCGCGUCAAGACCUACGCCGACGAGGCCACCCCCGUUCCUAGUGUCACUGGCCUUUUCGAGGGUGCUCUUUGGUACGAGCGUGAGGUUUACGAUAUGUUCGGUGUCUUCUUCAGCGGUCACCCCGACCUGCGCCGUAUCAUGACCGACUACGGUUUUGAUGGACACCCUCUCCGCAAGGACUUUCCCUUGACAGGUUACACCGAGCUCCGUUAUGAUGAGGAGAAGAAGCGCAUUGUCAUUGAGCCCCUUGAGCUCACUCAGGCUUUCCGCAACUUCGAGAGCGGUUCUACCGCUUGGGAGCCUGUUGGUGCCGGUGAGAACCGGACACCUGAGUCUUUCAAACUCCCUACCCCCAAGCCCGAGCCACCCAAGGAGGAGGAAAAGAAAUAG